AUGGGCGGCGGCGGUAUGGGCGGCGGCGGAAUGGGCGGCGGCGGUAUAGGCGGCGGCGGAAUGGGUGGCGGCGGAAUGGGCGGCGGCGUAAUGGGCGGCGGAGGCAUGGGCGGCGGCGGAAUGGGCGGAGGCGGCAUGGGUGGCGGUGGAAUGGGCGGCGACGGCAUGGGCGGCGGCGGAAUGGGCGGCGGCAUGGGCGGACCCGGUUCCUCUGCUCCUGGAUCGCAAUCAGCCAUGGGUCCUGGGGGGAACAUGGGCGGCGGCGGAAUGGGCGGCGGCGGCGGCAUGGGUGGCGGCGCAACGGGCGGCGGCAGAAUGGGCGGCGGCGGCAUGGGCGGCGGCGAAAUGGGCGGUGGCGGAAUGGGCGGCGGCGGAAUGGGCGGUGGCGGAAUGGGCGGCGGCGGGAUGGGUGGCGGUGGAAUUGGCGGCGGCGGAAUGGGCGGCGGCAUGGGCGGACCCGGUUCCUCUGCUCCCGGAUCGCAAUCAGCCAUGGGUCCAGGGGGGAACAUGGGCGGCGGCGGAAUGGGAGGCGGCGGCAUGGGUGGCGGAGGCAUGGUCGGAGGCGCAUGGCCGCAGCAGCACUUCCAACGGAGUGCUGCCAGCAGUGCUGCUUCGUCCAAGCUCCUCCUGACCGCCACACUCAUCAAGCCAUCACAAUGCUGCUCAUUCCAUGCACCAUAG